AUGAUGAAAUCACUGAUUUCAGAUCAAAUUAAAUCACCAAACCCAGAGGAUCCAGAUAUAGUAGGAUUAGCGCCUACACCAAGGUUGGAUCCGUCCGACGCUGUGGUCGAUAAGAUGAUGGACGAGAUGUACCAUAUUGUUGAAGAGCAUCCUGAAUUCAUCGUGGUAUAUCCGAUACCGAGUAUGCACGAAAAGGCAACGAAAGACGUUCUGGAUUUUCUUUGGAACAAUGCUGGUGUCGCCUACACAUAUUCUCUAAACGCUAAGAAAAAAUGUAUGUUGUUUAGUGUGUUAACUUGCUCGCCUCUAAACAAUCUCCGAUUCACUUCCCGAUAA